UGGAGGAUGCCCCACUCAAUCCCCGCCAGAGAGGCCCAGCCCCGCCCCCUCCUCUCUCUCUCUCUCCCCUUUCCCCUGCCUCGCAUUUGUGUUGCGCCUCCCCCCUCCCUACUACCCCCUCCUUCCCUCCCCCGGUCGCCAUGUUCCGAGGCCUGAGCCAUGUUGCCCGCCAAUCCGGCGCGGUCCUCCUGCGCGCCUCGGCGCCGGCCACGCCGAUUGCCCCCCGCCUGGGAGCCCCUGCGACCACGGCCCUCGGCCAUCGGCUGGUGAGCACCUCGGCCGUCUCGGCCGUGUCGCAGCCCCAGCGUACCCCGGAGCCUGCGUCGCCCGGCCCGACGGCCGGCGGCAAUGCGCCGGAGUCUGUCGCCGCCGGGCUGGCCGCCCGGCCGGCGCUCACCAAUCCCCCGACCACCUCGAGCCGGCCGAACCAGGCUCUCAACCAUUCGCAAUCGACCAGCUUCCCAACUGGACCGACGCGCAAGCCGUCGCGCCUGUCAAAGCCCCGGCGCCUGGCUGCCGAGGCAGCGGUUGCCGCUGCCGCCGCCGCUCGGCCCGACAAUGCCGCCUCUCACCCGUCUUCCGGCCGGGAGGGGAAUUACCCGCAGCACAUUACCCGCUUCCAGAGUCUGUCGCAUGGCUCCUUCUCCUCGGCGGCCGAGGCCGAGGCACACAGCAAUGCGAUCGCCUCCGGCCACUGUCUGGCCUUCUGCACGGCCGAGCGCUACGACUUGAACAAGCUGCUGGUCGAGCUGGACCCGACCUUCUUCGUGGAAAAGCGCCUCUUCGAGGACAUGGCCCUCUAUUGCAGCCUGUCCUCGGACUCGCACAUCCCCUCGGCCCUGAUGAAUGGCGCCGGGACUUCGGAGGGCACCUUCGAUUACUCGACCUCCUCGCUGCCGUACUCGCCUCUACGCAUGCACUCCAACCGGAUUGACUUCUCCGACCCGGACUUCAGCCACCAUCUCGAUGCCGGGGCCUACUUCUUUGCCGACGGCACCAUUGUCCUGUGGAAUGCCACCCCGGAGCAGCGAGCCCGGUGCCUGAGCGCCGCGCGCAUCGCCCAAAUUGAGCCCUACGUCGUCAGUGAGGCCGAAACCGAGGAGAUGUUCUAUGUCCUGUCGGAGUCCUCGUGCCCCUCGUCCAUCUGUGGCGAAACCUUCAUCAUCAGCUCGCAUGCGUCCUCCAACCAGCUGAUUCGCGAUCGUCUGGCCUUCUCCAACGCCCUGGCCCGAUCGGCCAAGCUGGCCGUCUUGGAGGAGCAGCUCGAUGAUUAUCUCGAGCAGAACCGCAACCUGCCCAAGAUCAUGGGCUCCGGCAAGAAGCUUCCACUCACCCGGUCGGACAUCCUCGAGCACACUGGCAAGCUGCUGGGCUUCCGUGCCAGCUUGAACCUCCACUCCGGGAUACUGGAGACGCAUGACUACUAUUGGAGCGAGCCGAAGCUCGAGGAUCUGCUGGUCUCGGCCUCGCGCGCCCUGGACAUCAACCCCCGCAUUGCCAUCCUCAACAAGAAGAUCGACUACACCAGCCAACUGGUGGAGGUCCUGCGCGAUCACCUCAGUGAGCAGCACAGCUUCCGCUUGGAAUGGUCCAUCAUCUGGCUCAUUACUGUCGAGGUCAUUUUCGAGCUCAUCCACUACGCCGAUCGCCUCGGGUUCAUCUCCAUCGACGCGGCUGCGGUUGCCACAAACGUCAUCUGAGUGCAGGCACUUGUCCAGCACGCUCCAGCACACCUCAUGUGUAUCCUUCCUUCCCUCGCUCCUCGGUGCCUCCCCCCCCUCCUCCUCCUCCCC